GGAAGGAAGGAAGGAAGGAAGAAGGAAGGAAGGAAGGAAGAAAUAUAAUGCACACAUGGGUCCUCGCUUUCCUAACUGGGGUGGCGGUGGUGGUGGUCGGCCUGCCCCUGGAACCGCCUGAACACCCCAGCGUCUUAGACACCCCACAGGACACCACACUGCUGCAGGAGGCGUCACCCCACACCACCACCACCACCUCCUCCUCCUCCUUCGUCAGUAGUGGAGAAGAGGAGGAAGAGGAGGAGGAGGAGGAGGAGGAGGUGGAGGAGGUGGAGGAGGACACGCCCCCAGCAGAACCCCGCAGUCCCCAGGUUGGUGAGGAAAGACAGGAGAUAUUCUAUGGCAGUGUGAUACCCCAGGAUGAUUAUGGACCACACCAGGGCCAUGGUCCAUCUCCCCAGCAGCAGUAUGGCCCACCUCCCCUACCAGAGUUCAGUGGUCCUCAGGAUUAUGGUUCAGCACCCCAGCAAGGAUAUGAUGGACCACAGGAUCACGGUCCACCGCCCCAGCAGGAGUAUGGUUCACCUCCCCAACCAGAGUACAAUGGCCCACAGGAAGACUACGGUCCACCACCCCAGGAAGAGUAUGGUUCACUACCCCAGCAAGGAUAUGAUGGACCAGAAGCUCACGGUCCAUCACCCCAGGAAGACUAUGGUCCACCACCCCAGCAGGACUAUGGUUCACCUCCCCAGACAGAGUACACUGGCCCACAGGAAGACUACGGUCCACCACUCCAGCAAGGAUAUGAUGGACCACAGGAUCACGGUCCACCUCCCCAGGAAGAGUAUGGACCAGCACCCCAGCCAGGGUAUGGUGCACCGCCGGACCACGGCUCACCACCCCAACCAGACUAUGGCCCGCCACCCCAGACAGAGUACGGUCCACCACCUCAAGAUUACAGUGGACUGCAGGAUCUUGGCCUUCCACCCACGCAGGUCCACGGUGGACCAUCCCAGCAGGACCAUGGCCCGGGGCCCCAGCCAGACUAUGGUGUCCCACAGGAAGAGUACGGUGCGCCGCCCGAGGAAGGCUACGGUACACGUCUGCAGCAGGACCUCGCCCCGCUACCUCCCCAGGGCCAUGCUGGACCACUGGACCACACUCCUUCACUCCAUAUAGACUAUAAUGAACUUCAGGACCUCGGUCCAUCUUCCCACCAAGAUUAUGCUCCACCACCACACCAAGACUAUGGACCAACAACCUCGCAGAGCUAUGGCGGACCACAGGACCAUGGUCCACCACCACAGCCAAGCUAUGGUGGACCACAGGACCACGGUCCUCCACCCCAGCCAAGCUAUGGUGGACCACAGGACCACGGUCCACCACCCCAGCCACCCCAGCAGAGCUACGGUGGACCCCAGGACCACGGUCCACCACCCCAGCAGAGCUACGUUGGACCCCAGGACCACGGUCCACCACCCCAGCCACCCCAGCAGAGCUACGGUGGACCCCAGGACCACGGUCCACCACCCCAACCACCCCAACAAAGCUACAGUGGACCCAAGGACCACGGUCCUCCACCCCAGCCACCCCAGCAGAGCUACGGUGGACCCCAGGACCACGGUCCACCACCCCAGCAGAGCUACGGUGGACCCCAGGACCACGGUCCACCACCCCAGCCACCCCAACAAAGCUACGGUGGACCCCAGGACCACGGUCCACCACCCCAACCACCCCAGCAAAGCUACGGUGGACCCCAGGACCACGGUCCACCACCCCAACCACCCCAACAAAGCUACAGGUGGACCACAGGGCCACGGUCCACCACCCCAACCACCCCAGCAAAGCUACGGUGGACCCCAGGACCACGGUCCACCACCCCAACAAAGUUACGGUGGACCACAGGACCACGGUCCACCACCCCAGCAGAGCUACGGUGGACCCCAGGACCACGGUCCACCACCCCAGCCACCCCAGCAGAGCUACGGUGGACCCCAGGACCACGGUCCACCACCCCAGCAGAGCUACACCACGGUCCACCACCCCAACCACCCCAACAAAGUUACGGUGGACCACAGGACCACGGUCCACCACCCCAGCAGAGCUACGGUGGACCCCAGGACCACGGUCCACCACCCCAACCACCCCAGCAGAGCUACGGUGGACCCCAGGACCACGGUCCACCACCCCAGCAGAGCUACGGUGGACCCCAGGACCACGGUCCACCACCCCAACCACCCCAACAAAGUUACGGUGGACCACAGGACCACGGUCCACCACCCCAACCACCCCAGCAGAGCUACGGUGGACCCCAGGACCACGGUCCUCCACCCCAGCAGAGCUACGGUGGACCCCAGGACCACGGUCCUCCACCCCAGCAAAGCUACGGUGGACCACAGGACCACGGCCCACCACCCCAGCCACCGCAGCCAAGUUAUGAUAGACCACAGGACCACGGUCCACCACCCCAACAAAGCUACGGUGGACCCCAGGACCACGGUCCACCACCCCAUGGUGGACCACAGGACCACGGUGCAUCACCCAAGCUCAACCAGCAACGUUAUAACCACAAUGACGAGGGUGCGCCGGUGCCGUACCGCUUCGAGUACCGCGUGAGUGACCCGGGGCGCGGCGCGGAGUACGGCCAGCGUGAGGAGAGUGACGGCAGCGUGGUGGACGGAGAGUACUACGUCACGCUGCCCUACGGCCACAGACAGGUGGUGAAGUACAAGGCUGACCACGCCAAGGACAGCUACGGUGGUGGUGGUGGUGGUGGUGGUGGUGGCGGUGGUGGUGGUGGUGGUUAUGUAUAAGACUAUAAUUUAUUUCCCUUCUCGUUUUCUUCCCGUUUUCUAAUUUUUUUUUUUUUUUUUGGUAAGACUAAAUUAAAUGGCCGGAAAAAUAAAUAUGGCUUCUUGUUAUUAUAUUUUUGUUAAGUUUCGGUCUGA